CGUAGACACCCCACUCGAGUAAGCUAACCCACCACCCCCAACAACCUGCGCGACCAACACAACAUAAACCCGAAUUCCCACCCACAUACUUUACCGACGGCAAUAAGCAAAUACACACACCCAUAUACAGAAAUAUAUACACAUGCCCCCGAAGAAAAAGAGUUCCAGAUCAUCCGUGGCCGAGAGUCCGGAGGCAUCACCACCCCCACCAUCCCCCGCGGGUUCCUCAGCGAAGAAGUCGAAAGCGAAACCGGGGACAAACAAGGCUAGCAGGACGACCGUUGGAUCUAAGGGGAAAGCUCCCGUUGUUACUAGUAGUGAGGCUGGGAGCUCCGCCUCUGCCUCUAAGGGAGGUGAAAGUAGGACAUUAACGGUGCAGCAAUUAAUCGGGGGGUUAUCCUGGACCGGGAAGUUACCACAGACACUGUUUUAUGAGCACUGUAUAAAGGCAGGAUGGAAUAAGCCGGACUAUUAUGUUAAGGACGCCACGAAAGGUUUCGUAUCGUCAGUAACAGUGACAUACAGCAAUCCCAAAUCCAGUCACACAGAGUCAAUGCGCUAUACACCGCCCUUCGAGAUGCCCGACGGCACUCCAAUAAACCUACAGAUGGCCUCUGCACUCGAGGCCAGGCACUUCGCCGCUACUUAUGCCCUCCACCGCGUUUCCUCCAUGAAGAAUAUCCACAUGAUGCUCCCGCCGACACACAAGAGCUACUGGGCUAUAUUCGACGAGAUCAAGAGGAUGGAAUUCGCAAAGAAUCAUGCGUGGAUGUACGUUGCUGACCCAUUCCUCGACAAACGAGAGUGGUUGGCGGCGGAAGCUGCCAAGGCGAAGGCCCUGGCGGAGGUUAAAAAGGAGAAGCCUGCCGAGGUGGUCGAUGAGAAGAUGAAGGGGUGGUAUCGAGUUCCUGUUGUGGACAUGGGGAUUAGUCAAAGGAGGGAAGUAGAAGGGUUGGUCCGGAAGUAUCAUGUUUGGAAUCCGGUUGGGGUCAGCAUGACCAGGGAUUUGAUGUCGAAGGUCGUUUCGGAGCUUGUUAGGUUAGAUUUCAAGAGGGCGCAUGUUGAAGAGGCUUGCGAUUGGGUGAAGGACAAGGAGGAAGCUUUAGAGUGGUUGUUAAUUCAUGUUCCGGAGGAUGACCUUCCGGUCAGGUUUUUGCCGGGGAAUUAUGCUACCGGUGUGACGUUUUCUUCUGGGGAUCUGCCCAUGGAGUACGCUGCUAAACGCAUGGCUCCUCAUCCACAAUUGUCAUUGGCGUUGCUAACUCUGUUCCAGGAUUAUCUGUCACUGCGUGCAGCAGAAGCUUUGAUGCAACUUCUAGUUUACGGCUGCCAAAAGACUCCCCAAGGCACUAGGGAAGAGUCGUUGAUUUCUUUCUCAGAUACCGACCUCUGGACAGAGGAAAUCGGCACUCUGGCGGCAAUCUGGGGCCCCGAGAGGUUCACCCAGAUUACGCCCACUCACUUCAAAGUGCUGCUUUCCAAUCCCCCUAUACAGGGCUCGAAAUUGCCCAAAAAGAUAUUUCUAGAGAUCCGGAAGCCGACCUCGGCGACUUGGGAACUAGAAUACCCGCAGACGAUCCCGACAUUCACACUUUCCACCGAGGAUGAUGGGGACGAUAAAUUGUCGGCGCAGGUCAAGCUCAGUAUCAUCAAGCAGACAGCAAAGCAUGCAAGCACUCUUCUUGGAGAGCAGAUGAUAUUUACAGCGGUAGACUGGCUAGAGAGCAAUAUCGCUAGAAUUGUCCAGUCCCCGGGUAGACUUUGCGAUGUCACUAGUGGUGUUACUGGCAGCAACGAAGAUGAUGUUCCACCCCCGAACAAAGCCAGCAGGCAAACCUUCCGACAUCGCAACUCAAGAAACUCUGGGGCCAUUGAUUGGACUCCCGGUAAAGAAGCUAGUAUGCGAUUACUCGCGACCAAAAAGGCCAAAUACUCUUUGCCCGAUAUGCAAAACAUGCUGCAAGUACGCAUGCGCCUACCGGCAUGGGAUCUAAAGGAAGAAAUAAUUGGCGCCGUGAAUGAUUGCCAGGUCACGAUUAUUAGCGGUGAGACUGGAAGUGGGAAGAGUACACAGGCUGUCCAAUUCAUCCUAGACGACAUGAUCGACCAGCAUCUAGGACAUAUCACGAAUAUCAUAUGUACCCAACCCCGCCGUAUUUCUGCUCUAGGCUUAGCGGACCGAGUCAGCGAUGAGCGCUGCUCCCGAGUGGGUCAGGAAGUCGGGUACGCAAUCCGCGGCGAAUCUAAGCAGAAUCCCGCAACGACCAGGAUCACGUUCGUCACCACAGGUGUUCUCCUCCGGAGACUCCAAAUGGGCGAUACCCUCGAUGAAGUAACCCACAUAUUCGUCGACGAGGUGCACGAGCGUAGCCUCGAUACAGACUUCUUGCUAAUCCUAUUAAAAAGGAAGUUGGCUGCUCGGAAGGAUCUCAGAGUAGUGCUCAUGAGCGCUACUCUUGAUGCGAAGAUUUUCUCAGACUAUUUUGGCGGGGAGGGUAAGGUCCGUAGGGUCGAGAUUAAGGGUCGAACGUUCCCCGUUGAGGAUUACUAUCUCGACCAGAUGCUUGGAUCUCAUGACGGAGGGAUUCUAAUAUUCCUACCAGGUAAUCCAAUCACAUUCUCUCACUCGAUAUUAUUGCUCACGGAUGCAGGGACUAUGGAGAUCCAACGAUGCAUCGAAGCUAUCAAGACCUUGCCAUGUGGGAUAGAGCGCUUUCACGCACUGCCUCUUCACGCCUCCCUCACUCCCAACGACCAGCGUAAGGUCUUCCCCCAACCGCCCAGUGGCAAGCGCAAGGUCAUCGCAGCAACCAACAAACUUCAUACGAUCCCUCCAGUGGUGUCGUCAAACUUCUCGAAACAUGGGCCUCCCGCGCAGCAUGCAAGCAACCUCUACACCCGCAACGCGGAAAACAAAAUGGCUGAGCGGCCCGAGCCAGAAUUAAAGCGCGUUCCGCUUGAGCAGACCUGUCUCGCGGUGAAAGCGAUGGAAGACGACGUCCGCGGUUUCCUAGCGGGGGCACUAACACCCCCGGAUACCAUGGCAGUAGAAGGCGCGAUGAGACUUCUCGAGCGCAUGGGUGCGAUAGCAGACGAUGAUCUGACUGCCCUGGGAAGGCACUUGGUUCUCAUCCCGGCGGACCUCCGUUGCUCCAAGCUGAUGGUGUACGGCGCCAUAUUCGGCUGCUUGGACGUUUCCGUGACGAUCGCUAGCAUACUCACCACCCGAAGCCCAUUUAUAAAUACCCCCGCGACCCGUGAUGCCUGCCAACUCGCGCGCGCAUCCUUCGCCCACGGGCAAGGGGACCUUUUAGCGGACUGUCACGCCCACCAGGAAUGGACGCGCCUCCGCCAAACAACCUCAGUCAGGGACGUCAAGCGUUGGUGCGAAGAGAACCAUCUAAGCCACCAUACACUUCUCGACAUAUCCUCGAAUCGAGCACAGUACAUUUCCUCCCUGAAGGAAAUCGGGUUCCUCCCACUCUCAUCUUCAUUCAGCGAUUUCGCAAGUCUAAAUCAAAACCAAGAAUACGCUGUCCUCCACAGAGCGCUCAUCGCCGCGGCCUUCAACCCGCAGAUUGCGAGGAUUGCAUUACCGGAGCAGAGAUUCGCGGGGUCCGCUAGCGGCGCGUUAGCUGUAGACCCGGAGGCGAGGACAAUCAAGUACUAUACGCACUCCUCCGGCCGCGCCUUUGUCCAUCCUUCUUCCACGCUCUUCGGCGCAACCGGUUUCACCGGCGACGCUAGGUUCUUGAGCUACUUUUCGAAAAUGGAAACUAACAAUAAAGUCUAUCUCAAAGACGUUACACCGACAAACGCAUACUCCCUCCUCCUCUUUGGCGGUGCACUAGAAGUCGAUACUACGGGGCGCGGUAUCACGGUCGAUGGAUGGCUCAAGUUGCGAGGGUGGGGAAGGAUCGGGAUUCUGGUCGCUAGGCUGCGCGCCAUGCUUGACCAGGUGUUGCAGGACAAGAUUGACGACCCGGGCUUGGAGCUCGCUGGGAACGAAGUUGUGGCUUGUGUGGCGAGGUUGGUCGGGAGUAAUGGGGUGUGA